AUGCUAGGCGAGAGAGUAUUUACCAGUGUAGUCGACCUAACUGAGGAAGAUCGUGAUGCCCUAGAAUUCGGUUCACCUAGUUUAGUCUCAGUAUGUUCAACGUUGGAAGCAACUACGGUAGAAAUGGAAAGCCAUCAUGUCGACCUAGUAGACCUGACAACAUUAACACCACCUUCAUCUUCACGGCCUACUAUAGUUCACUUGCGAGAAGAAAACGAUGCGUACCCAAGUGACCCAAAGCCCUUAAAAACAGACGAUCAAAAGAGUCCUGACAAGAAGCUGAGCAACACUCUUGAGGACCAGAAGCAAGAGAUCGAUCUGCUCAGGCGACAGAUGGAGUCUGAGAAGACGACCAUCCGGAACCUUGAGGACUUACUGACUGCCAACAAGGAGUCCGAGUUCGCACUGGGUCUCGCAGUCCAGGAGAAGGAAGGAGAGAUCCAGCUGUUCAAGGAGCGAUUGGCACUAUCCGAGAGCAAAUGUUGUUCGCAGCAGCGGGAGAUCCAGAGUCUGCGCACAAGAGCGGGCACGAGUGAGGCGGAACUGGAGAGGAGUCGCAAACAACUCACUAGCGAGAGAUUCGAAAAAGAGCGAGCGGAAGCUGAAGUGAAGAGACUCAGACAGAAUGCCAACGCCAGAUAUGCCAGUCCGACCAGGAAAUCUCGUGAACAAUGACGUAAAAAACAGGAUUCCAAAACGUCUCACUAAAAAAACGGCCUCCAAAAUGAAUGCUGAAUAAGAUGACCUUAAUUUCAACCAAUUCCUGAUGAACUGCGUGUGAACAAAUAAGAAAGAACAGAACAGUUUUUAAUUUUGAAAUGAAAAGAAAGUAUUUGGAUCAAAAUCCAAACUCCUUGUAAUAAUCUGUCCAUUCUGUAAAUAAAACAAACCAAAAUCAAAGAUGUCCUUAGAAUUGUAAAUUUGUCUAAUAAUACAAUUAUUAUCUUUUAUUGUUUUUCUGAUUAACAAUUCAAUUUUCCUCAAUCUC